AUGCCUAAUUGCUCAGUUUGCUCCAAUCCCCUGGCUAGCUAUCACUUUGGAGCAAUCGUCUGCCGAGCAUGCGCUAUAUUUUUUCGACGAUUUGUGUUUAGGAAAAAGGAAAAAGUCUACUGUAAUUGUUUUUUGAAGCGAGAUAAGAAGACCAUUUUUUACAAUUUCAUAAUCAAAUGGAACAUUCUGGAAUUAUCGAUUUUAUCGAAGAAAUUCAACGAUCCAACACAGUUAUUCUCACCGUCUGGCGCAGUUGCGACUACUGUAGAAGACUUUUAUUCGGCGGGAAAUUCGAAAAUUUCGAAAAAUGAGAUUCGAGACAUUUUUGAGCCAUUCUGGAAUUAUCGAUAUUUCAAUGUGAAUCGACCGUUGCUGGAGAUGAAAUUUGGAGAUGUUCAGAAUAUGGCACUUUUCGGCAUUUUGCUAUGGGAUCCUGGAUACACAAAUUUGUCUGAAACUCUGGCUGAAACUUGUCAUACAAUGAGGAAAAUCAUUUUUCGAGAAUUGAAUUCAUUUUUGGACAAUUCUGGAACAUUCUUCUAUACCCUGGAAGCGCUGAAUUUGAUAGAACGCGCCGAACAAAAAUGUCGAGAAGAGAUUCAUUUGUGUGGAAUCCAUAAUAUCGAAUUCGAUCAGGAAAGGAAGAAUAUGAUUUUAUGGGACAAAUAA